GGCAGAUCGAGGAGAAGCAUGAAGAUUAUCCCCAGUAUCUGAGCUAACAGACGGGGAGAGCAUCUCGUCCUCCCUCGCUCGUUCGGGGCCGACUGGAAGCGGAGGGAGGCAGCGGGGCUGAGGACAGGAUGGAGGAGAAGAAGCAGUUUCUUUGUGGGGUGGUGGAAGGUUUCUAUGGGAGGCCUUGGACUAUGGAUCAGAGGAAGGUUCUCUUCCAAUGGAUGCAAAGUUGGGGAUUGAACACCUACUUGUAUGGCCCAAAAGAUGACCUCAAACACAGACUGUUGUGGAGAGAAGUCUACUCCCAUGAAGAGGAGGGUCAGUUGCGCACUCUCAUAAAGGAGGCUCAGUCAAGAGGCCUGAGGUUUGUUUACGCCCUCUCUCCUGGUCAGGACAUUGUCUUCUCUUCUUCCUGUGACCUGACACUACUCAAACGCAAGCUAAGACAGGUAUCAGACCUGGGUUGCCAGGCAUUUGCCAUUCUGUUUGAUGACAUCGAUCACUCCAUGUGUCAGGCUGACAGCGAGGCCUUUUCUUCAUUCGCUCAUGCUCAGGUCACUGUAACCAAUGAGAUCUAUCGGUACUUGGGGGAACCACCUGUCUUCCUUUUCUGCCCCACAGAGUACUGUGGUUCUCUGUGUUCUCCCAGUGUAUCGAAGUCUCCCUACCUGCAGACUGUUGGAGAGGACCUGCUGCCCAACAUAACAGUAAUAUGGACAGGCAGUAAAGUAAUCUCCAGGAAACUGUCUGCAGACUGCCUGGCUGAGGUGGAGUCUGUCCUCCAGCGCCCCCCGCUCAUCUGGGACAACCUGCACGCUAAUGACUACGACUCCAGACGUCUCUUCCUGGGGCCUUUUAAGGGCCGAGAGCCUCAGCUGAGGAGCCACCUGAGAGGCCUGUUACUCAACCCCAACUGCGAGUUCGAAGCCAAUUACAUCCCUUUGCAUUCGCUGGGGAGCUGGUACAGAGCUGGAAAAGAGGAGAGGAAAGAUGAGGAGUGUGAAUACUGUCCUGAUAGAGCUCUGUCUGCUGCACUUCAUGAUUGGAUGGAGGAACUCAACCAACCACUACAAGCAGGUCGUCAGAGCUCACGAGCAGACCAGCGUUCCUCCACUCCAACAACUCGCUGCAAAACACCUGACAGAUCUGACUACCCGUCCACCUUCAGAGGAUCCUCUGCCGUAGCCAAGCUUCCUGUUUUUCCCCUGAACUCAAGUUCACCUCCGUCGUCACCCACGAAGGUCAAGGGUGAGACGGAGGGACGUGAUGGGGAGAGGAGAAGGUCAAACCAGCCUAGUCAACCCAAUCACCAACCUCCAGGUUCCAGGCCUGGUGCACCCUCUGGUGGAGGCCGGGGUCAGAAGGCACAGGGUCUGGGGCUCUGUGGUGGGAAGGGUCUACUAAGUGAGUCCCAGGUGCGGCUGCUGGUUGGGCUUUAUUAUCUACCCCACGAGCACGGCCCAUCUGCCCAGAAACUGCUGCAGGACCUGACCUGGCUAAAGGCAAACUGCCACCUGGUCAGCGCCAACAGCAAGAAGACAACACCUCAGAAGAUUGAUGAGUGGCGCGGUCGGUCCUCCAGGGUCCUGUCCCUGUGUGAAGACAUAGCACAGCUCCACUGCAGCGUGGUGGGUGGGGCCAAUAGGGCUGUGCUCUAUGACCUUUAUCCUUACGUGUGGGACCUGAGGAACACGGCUCUGCUGGCAAAAGCAUUCAUAUGCUGGCUGGAUGGAAGAGUAUUGAGUGACAGCUCAACUCUGGGCACCUGGAAGAACUGCUUCCACUGGUGUGGGAAGGCCUCAGGGGCAGACGUACUGGGAGUGGAGUCAGAGCCAUGGGCGUUCAAAGGAGGGGUGUCUGGGGAGGUGCAGAUGCUCCUCCCAAUAGGCAGCAGCAGUGAACUCUUCACUCAUCCUCCUCCGCUCUUCCCUACCUCUCGUCUCUAUAACAUCAGGCCCUACCACAGCAAGGACAAGUUGGAGUUGUAUCGCAUGGUGCGCCAGCUCCACCUGAGGACUCAGGGCGGCCAAGAGUCCAGCAUUGCUCACCCAGAUGUCAUAGGAGACAGAUGUCUCGGACCGUGCCUGGCGUUGUGCCCGGAGUACUGUUUCAUCCUGGAGGAUGAGCUGGGUGUGUGCGGCUGCGUGUUGGGCAUCCUGGAUGUUCGCUCGUUUGCCAAGCGGUGCCAGGCCAGCUGGAUGCCUGCCAUGAGGGACAAAUACCCGCCCAAAGGGGGCAACACACACCCCAACACACAGCAGGACCUGAUCCAGCUGAUGGAGGAGGACCAAGGAGAGUAUCCAGACUCUCUUCUCUAUCACUUCCCCUCUCAGCUGCGACUGGACGCGCUGCCUGAGCUGGUGGACAUCAGCGUCAGCCGCACUCUACUCACCGCCUUGCUCACUGCACUUAAGGCAAAUGGUUCUCAGGGUGUGUUCUGCGAGGUGCAGCCGACAGACCGUCAGAGGCUGGAGUUCUUGACAAAACUGGGCUUCCUGGAGAUCCUCAGAGGAGAAGCCAGGAGCAGAGAGGGAGUGGUGCUGGGGAGGCUGCUCUGA